UUUUUUUUUUAUUUUCUUUCUUGUAUUCACCAUAUAAUCAAACAAAACAAAACAAUAAAUGCAACACUAUAAUUUAGAAUAUCUCUUUUUAUCAUAUUCUCUUUUUUUACAUUAAUGGCAAAGUCAUUAUUAAAUAAAUUCGGUUUUGGUCAUCAUAAGCAACAAUGGCUUACACUCUCACCUAAUAUUCCUUCUCAACCUUCGUUUGAACCAUAUGAUAACCAAAUAUCUGAACUCUAUCGAUAUCGCAAGCAUAUUGGUGUGAAUCUUGGUAGUCUAUUUGUAUUAGAGUCAUGGUUAUGCCCUUCAGCACUGAAGAAUGCCGUUAAAGGUGGUCACUGGUCAUCCGAAUAUGAUUUUAUCGCAAGUUGUCAUGAUCAUCAAGAAGCAAGAGAAUUAUUGGAACAUCACUGGACAAGUUUUAUUACAACAAGGGAUAUUGAAAUACUUCGAGAAUGGGGGAUCAAUGCGGUACGUAUUCCUAUCGGUUAUUGGAUGGUGGAACCUCGAUCUCUGUUAUUAGAUCAUCCAAGAGAUUGUUUUCAUGCGUAUGCAGAUGUGUACGAUGCAGCGUUUGGUUUAUUACUGCAGCUGAUACGGGCGUGUGAACAAAACAAGAUUGGAUGCUUGAUCGAUAUUCAUGGUGCUCCUGGAGGUCAAAAUACAGAUUCUCAUUGUGGCCAACCUACUUCAAACAACAAAGCACGACUAUUCGCCACAUCAUUAUCAUCCACCAGUAACGCUUCUAUACUCUUGACCAUCCUUCAUCGUCUCACUGAACUUCUCUCACCCAUCAAUAAUAUUAUUGGUAUCGAAAUCCUGAAUGAACCAACUGACAAUGCUUCACUUCCUGGUUUUUAUGAACGUGCUUGUCAAACCGUAGUACAGGCAACCCCUCCUGGUCAACAUCCUCUUCCGGUGUAUAUUGGUGAUUCUUGGAAACCUAGCAACUAUAUGGAUAUCAUUGCUCAUCAACUAUCAAGAAAAAAAAGGGAGGCACAUCCUUUUAUCGUAUUAGAUACACAUCAAUAUUUUUGUCAUACACCACAAGAUCAUCGAUUAUCAGCACAACAGCAUACAGACAAAGUCGAGAACAAGAUAGGACCAUUUCUACUCCAACAGGGUGCAUCAAUUCGGAACAACAUUGUGGUAGGCGAAUGGUCCAUGGUACUGAAUGGAGCUUCAAUGAAAGGGAUGGAUGAACGAUCAACCAUGACGGCAUUUGGCGAAACCCAGGCACGAGUAUGGGACAAGACAUGUGCUGGUCAAUUUUAUUGGACUUACAAGACGGCGGAUGAUAAAUGGUAUUGGUCGAUGAUAUACUGUCAACAACAAGGAUUGUUACCAUGGCUCAAGCGAACAGAACAAAGAUCACUACCACCUUUGGAUGAAGAAACGGUUAAGCAUCAAAUCGAGACUCAUUUAACCUAUUGGAGAAAUCAACAGGCUGAUUAUCAAGCUAUUGAACAACAUGUAUGGAUGUUUGAAAAAGGAUUUCGGAAAGGAUAUCAGGUAGCUCUACAAUUUCGACAGAACGCAAGUCAUGUAGGCUUUCCUUCUCAACUGGCCAAGGAUUAUCAAGUUGAAGAACAAUGGUCUGACAAAUCUACGGAUGCUUUUACUUGGCAAUAUGAACAAGGGUUUAUUCAAGCUAUUAGUAUAGUGGAAUCCAAAUCUUAGUUAAUUACAGAUCAUUAUCAUUAAUUUAUUUUUCGUAGUCAAAAUGAAAUAAUAAUAAAAAAAAAGUUUUUUUUUUUUUU